GUAACUCUUACUACUACUACUACUACUACUCCUACUACUACUACUACUACUACUACUACUACUACUACCACCACCACCACCACCAGUAACUCCCUUUGCGUCCCCCUUCUACAUCCAGCAGUCUGAUUGUUUCUGAUUGCUUCCUCUUCCCUGACUGAUCUCAAUCCACGCUCGCUACUCCUCUGACUGGAAAUGCUGCUAAACUAUCCCUUCAUGCACCAUAAUCCAUGAACCCAACACCCGAAAGUAGUAUGCAGAGCAUGGAUCCUCUCCAUUUGCAAAGCAAGAACCACGAAUCCGCCAAGCAGGAACUUUGCGUGGAACCAGGCCAUGACGACGCCGACGAAGAACAUCAGCGAUGGGUACGGAAUCUCUUGUUCAAGAUGGACUGCAGGCUCCUGCCAGCUCUAUCUGGUCUCUUCCUCUGUUCCUUUCUCGAUCGAACCAAUGUAGGCAACGCCAAGAUCCUGGGCCUGGAGGACGAUAUCAACAUCACCGGUCAUCAGUAUGAUAUUGGUCUAACGGUAUUCUACAUCAUGUACAUCUGCAGCGAGCUCCCCAGUAAUCUGGUCAUCAGAAAGGCCUCGCCCAAGGUUUGGCUGCCUUUUCUGACGAUGAUCUGGGGCAUAUUCACAAUGUGCUUGGGUUUCGUGCGCAACUUUGCUGGCUUCGUCGUUGUCCGAGCCCUCUUGGGAAUUGCCGAAGGCGGACUUCUUCCCGGAAUCGUCUUGUACCUGUCAUUCUUCUACCGACGAAAUGAUUUGGCUUUGCGCAUCGGAGUUUUCUAUACAGCCGCAUCCCUGUCAGGGGCUUUUGGAGGCCUUUUAGCGCGUGGACUAGCCCAGAUUGGCCCUCGAGGGGGGCUUGAAGGAUGGCGCUGGAUCAUGAUCAUCGAGGGUUUACUGACAUUUUCUGUCGGCGGGCUGAGCUAUUUUCUGCUGCCAAACAGUCUGGAGACGGCAUUCUUCUUGACUCCAGAGGAACGAGCAUUUGCUCUCGAAAGAGUCAUGCUUGACACCCCCUCAGCUGAGUACGCGACGGCGGAGGAUGAGCGGGAAACUCUCAAGUGGACUGAGGUGCGACGAGGGCUUCUAGAUCCGCGAAUGUGGUUGUCUGCCACAGCCUACUUCUCAAUCUUGUCAGGGCUAUACUCAUUCGGAUUAUUUGUAAUGGUUGUGGCUGUGGUAUCGGACCGGUUGCAGCUACGCGGAGUCGUGAUGCUUUUCACAUUACCGAUUGCCAUAGCUGGGUACGGAGCGAUUGCUAAUAUUCUCUCGCCAUCAGCCAAGUAUGCAAUGACCUGUCUUAUGGCUACUGGGUUGUAUAGCAGUGUACCAUGCAUCUUGGUCUGGAAUUCAAACAACUCUGCAGGACAUUAUAAGCGUGCCACCACAUCCGCCAUGCAGCUAACCAUUGCCAACUGUGGAGGGCUUCUUGCUACUUUCAAUUACCCCGACCAAGACAAAUCCCAGUAUCAUCAAGGACACACAGUAAUUAUGGGAUUGUUGGUGUUUGCAUGGUUCAUGAUCUUUUUCAAUGUUUUAUACUGUGCCAAGAUCAACCGGGAUAAGGCACAAGGCAAGUAUGCACAGUACGCCGGAUGUCACGAUGACCGAGAUCCUGCAUUCAAAAUGAUGCUAUAG